AUGGGAGGUGCCCUGAAAUGGGGAGAUGAAGAGGAGGACCUUUGCUCAGCUUCCUUUCUCCUUUCCGUGCGGCUUCAGGAACCUUCCUCAAGAUGUACCUCUAUUGGACUAGUUAACCUUAACAGGAAAAUAUUGUGGAACGAUGAAUUAGAGCAGCAUGAAUCUGGAGGGGCUCUGUUUGAAAAAAGCUUCACUGAAGUCGGAAGAAAACACACAGAAAUUCAGGUCUUAAAAGAGGAAACUUCUAGAAGAAGAGAUAUUCCUCUAAACAAAGCCCAAGAAACUAAUAAUAAGCCUCUUCCAUCUCAGAAGCCACCACCAUCAGAUUCCGAUGAUUUCAACUUAGAAGAUGCUCUUCAGCCUCAUGACCCCACACCAGUUCUGCCUGCAAAUCCUAGAGACUCAGAUAACCCCAAGCAAGGUCCACCUGCACAUCCUAAAGAUGCUGGCAAACUUGAUGAUUCGGAUCUAUAUGAUGGCAGUUUACCAAAAGGCGAUGGUAGUGGCAGCAAUGAACGAAAGGGACCAAGUCCAAAUAAUGAAGAAGCUUCUCAGGGAGCAAUAGCUGGAAUUGUAAGUGCUGUGGUUGCUACUGUAAUUGGAGCAGUAUCUAGUUUCAUUGCUUACCAAAAGAAGAAACUCUGUUUCAAACAAAACGCAGAUGAAGAGAAUGUGAAUAUGGAAAGCCAUCGGGGAGCACAAUCUGAGCCACCUGGUAAGAGAAGAAUCUAG